UGUGGAAUAAGACCCAACUUCGACAUGACAACCUCACAUUAAACCGGAUUUAGCACCGUGGGAGGAGUGGCGGCGGGAGGGGCAAACAGCUCGAGGAGCCGGGCUGAAGUUGGAGAAGCUGCAGACUGACACAGGAUCUGACAAGAAGGUUGCUAGGCAGAUUUGGACUUUGUAGUGUGUGUGUGUGUGUAUAAGCCAUGGAAGUGGAGCAUUUAAGCGGCGAAGGGGUCAAACCCGAGCGGGGCCACAAUCGUCGCUACAGGACAGCGUUUAUAAUUUGUGCAUUGCUCUGUGGGGCUCUGAUUCUCGCGCUCAUACUGGUUUCCCAAAGAAGCAAGCAUCAGGAGUUGUGUUUGACUCCAGAAUGCAUUGAAGCAGCGGGAUCUAUUCUAAGUAAAAUGGAUCAGACGGUCGAUCCCUGCGAGGAUUUCUACACCUUCUCCUGUGGCGGCUGGCUGAAGGACAAUCCCAUCCCAGAGGACUCGUCGGCGUACGGGAUCUACCCGUGGCUGAGGCAGCAUGUUGACAUGCGGCUCAAAGAGUUACUUGAAGCACCGACUGACGCAAACGAGCUGGAGGCCGUGACCAAGGCCAAGGUCCUCUACCGGUCGUGCAUGAACGAGUCGUUACUAGAAGAUAUGGACGCCAAGCCCAUGCUGAGGACACUCAAGCAGCCCGAGUUUCGCUGGCCUGUGGUGGGCGACGGCCUCGGCGGUGACUUCCGGUGGUCCGAGGAGGAGUGGAGCCUGCUGAGGACUCUGGCGAAGGUGAGGAACCAGCACAGCAAGAGUGUCCUGAUCCGCCUCUACGUCUCGCCCGAUGACAAGAACUCCUCCAAAUACGUCAUCAAGCUGGAUCAGGCCUCCUUGUCUUUGCCCUCCAGGGAGGACUACACCACCAACUCCUCCGCUGCCCAGACGUAUCGGGCUGCUUUGCUAAGUCUCAUGGUGGACACGGCCGUCAUGUUUGGAGCUCCAGAGGAAGCGGCGAGGGUCCAGAUGGAAAAAGCGUUGGACUUUGAAACCAAACUGGCUCAUAUCGUGAUUCCCUAUGAGAACCGCACCAGUGAGAACAUGUACAACAGGUACACACUGUCCAGGUUGCAGCGGCACAUACCACAGUUGGACUGGUUGGGCUUCGUCAAGUCUGUGGUGGAGUCCGACGGCGACCCGACUCGCUCCGUCUCCUCCUCAGAGCCCGUCAUUGUACGAGUGCCGCAGUACUUCAGGGACCUUGUCAUGCUCAUUAACGCCACAGACGCCAGGACUGUGGCUAACUAUGUGCAGUGGAGAACAGUUUUUUCCAGGAUCACCACCCUCAGCCGCCGCUUCCUCUACAGAUACCUGGACUUUGCCAGGGUAACCACGGGAACCACGUCUCUGAGCCCGCGCUGGGACAAGUGCGUCAAUUAUGUGGAGAACACGCUCGUCUACGCCACGGGCCGCCUCUUUGUCGACACCCACUUCCAGGAGGACAAGAAACACAUGAUGGACGAGCUGAUCGAUGGCAUUCGCUGGGCGUUCAUCGACAUGCUGGGGAAAGAGAACGAGUGGAUGGACGAGGCGACCAAGACGAGGGCCGUGGAAAAGGCUCACGCCGUCCUGGCCAAAGUCGGCUACCCUGAGUUCAUUCUGAACGACACCCACCUCAACGACGACUUAAACCAGAUAGACUUCAACGAGACGGACUACUACGGCAACGUGAUGCAGACGCUAAAGUUCAUCGCCCAGUCCGACGUGGCCUGGCUCCGUAAGAGAGUCCCGCGGACAGAGUGGUUCACAAACCCUACGACAGUCAACGCCUUCUACAGCUCAUCCACCAACCAGAUUAGAUUCCCGGCUGGUGAGCUUCAGAAACCUUUCUUUUGGGGUAAAGAGUAUCCAAGGUCGCUGAGUUACGGCGCCAUCGGGGUGAUCGUCGGACACGAGUUGACGCACGGCUUUGACAACAACGGUCGUAAAUAUGACAAGGAUGGCAAUUUGGACCAAUGGUGGAGCAACUCGUCCGUGACGGCCUUCACCGACAAGACUCAGUGUAUGGUGGAGCAGUACAACGACUAUUAUUGGGAGGAGGCGAAAUUGAACGUGCGAGGCAAGAGGACGCUAGCGGAGAACAUCGCAGACAACGGAGGAAUAAGACAAGCUUUCAGGGCGUACCGACGGUGGGUGGACGAGAGCCGAAGUGGCAUCGAGGAGCCUCUGCUGCCGGGAGUGGGACUCACCAACAACCAGCUGUUUUUCCUGGGCUACGCCCACGUCAGGUGUAACUCGUAUAGACCGGAGGCGGCCAGGGACCAGAUACAGAGUGGAGCGCACAGUCCACCCAAGUACAGGGUGGUGGGAGCCAUGAGCAACUUCCAGGAGUUCAGCAAGACUUUCAGCUGCCCCGAGUCGUCGGUGAUGAAUAGAGGCGCACAGUCCUGCCGGGUGUGGUGACCCUCGCCCUCACACCCCACUGGGCUGUCCGAGCCGUCGGCUGACCGAGAGGCGCAGCACGCUGGCGCCCCAAGUGGCAGUGGAGGGAGCAGCGGCGGUUUGUCCGAGGGCAUGUUUGGGUUUGUACAAGCGGAACGUUCUAAAGAUUGAACUUAUUGCUGGGAACUUUGCGCACCUUGCAUCACGUGAAGAAGCGUUGGAUGAUGGACAGUCUGAUUGGAAUAAACUGUUUUCUCAGUGACGCUACGAUAUAAUAAUUAUUACUAAUCUAUUUUUAAACAUUUUUGUAUACAUUGGCCAGUCAGCGUUUAUGAAGAAUAUUACAUUUGCUAUGUACAACUCAAAAAGCCAAAAUAGAUCCCUCGUCCUUAUAAUAACACAAUAGAACAAUGUGAUUUCUCUCAGCCAAUUAGCACAGAAAUGCCAUUAUCGUAAUGUAAAUGUGUUAAUUAAAUACAAUAAAAUAUAUUAUUAUGCUAUAUCAUUAUCAUAAGUAUAAUGUUACUAAAAUACACAUUUAUUGUCCCAUUAUUUUAGAGUUGGUGGUAAAAGUAUUACCAUUUAAAAUUAAUUUGAUUACUUUUUAAAUAAAUCAAAUACAGUCAAAUAUUUAAAUUAAGUUAUUUAAACAAAUGAAAAUAUUUUAAUGUCAUUUAACAAUGCACAUCAAGAUUAUAUUUGGGAAAAAAUACAAAUACGUUAACAUUAAUUAAAAAUAACAAAAUAUGUAUAAUGUUACUAAAGUGCAAAUGUCUUGUCUCAUCAUUAUUGGGUUGGUCGUAAAAUGUUGAUAUUAUUUUUAUGUUAAAAUAAAAUAUUUUAAUUUACAUUAUUAAUUGUUUAUAUUAUUAUAUAAUAAAAACACAUAAGUUUAAUAUCACUCAAUAAUAUUCAUAAUAAUGCAAAUACACUCAAAAAAAUUCCCAAUAUUUAAAUGAAGUUAUUUUAACAAAAGCAGCUAUUUUAAUGUAAUUUAAACAACAUUAAUUACAAUUAUAUUUGAAACAAAAAAUACAAAUAAGGUCAAAUAAAUUCUAAACAAUAAAUGUAUAUUGUAAAUUAUAAAUAUAUAAGCAGCAAUAAAAAUAUUAUCGAAAUAUGUUUCAACGUCACAACUUCACAUUGUGUGUGGUUGUAUACACUACUUACUUUCACAAACAGAUUGCGCACAAAAUUAUUCCGAAACUACAGUUCACAUUUAGUUAGUUGUUGCCAUAGCAACCGCUUCAGCAGCCCUACAGCUGAUGUUCAGUAAGCGUAUGAACUCCAAACACAAAUCACAGACAUUUUAUGAAUGAUUUU